AUGGGAAUAGGGAGCAAGCUUGAAAAAUCACAGCCUGAAGAAUCAGAGGAUGAAGAAUCAGAUGAUGAAGAAAUUGGUGAGUGUGAGUAUUGUUUAAAGGUGGGUGACCACUAUACUCCACUAUGCUCUUACGUGUAUGAAGUCCCAGAGGACGCAAUUGUUGGCGAGAGUUGUGUGGUUACGUGUCUCGUAUGUGGCUGCCUCUUUAGAGACUCACGUUGUGCUAAUUGUGGCAUAAGCCUAGGAUGUGCACGUAUCAAGUAUUGUUCAAUCUAUGAGAAGCGAGGUGAACACUUGCCUUUUGAGUGCCCGAAACGCGAUAGGAAUUCUGGUUUUACUUACAACCCUUAUAAUGGUUCUUUUUCUGUCAAGAUUCACCCUUUGAAACCAGUAGAGAAGGCAGAGUUAAUUGUACUCUAG